AUCGAAGCUCAAUUGAAUCUCUCUCUUCGCGAUAACCGACGAGUAUUAUAUCGCAUAAUUGUAUCGAGUCAAUAGGUACCUCUAAUUCCUUUCCCUUACAUCACCAACUUCCAAUCUCAUAGCAGCAGCAACAACUUGUGUGUUUAAGUACUCACAGGCUUAUUCUCACCACAUGUCAAUCCCCUACUCACCGUAGGUGUAGCAGCAGCGAUGCCUCGACCGGCCGCUGUCCCGCGACCGCAAUCGGUUUGCCAGCUUUGCGAUUCUAUUAUCGCUCGCCGUUUUUAUUCAACAAAGCUCGCAUCGAGCUCUCACAAUACUGCCCGGCAUCGACCGCAAAUAGUACAACAUGUUCUACGAGCCAGUACAACCCAGAAGGCGUUUCUAAACGCUGCUGUGUUACCGACUAGAAAGAAGAUAUUACAAACCAGCAAUACUCGGGAUACUCUGGGAGAACAUGAUAGCAAGAUCAGAGCAACGCCGAAAACGGCUGCGAGCGAAGAGUUGUCAUCUGUCACUAAUAUGAUGACUUACUUGGACAGAAGCAAAUCAAAAGUGCUGUCAAACCCACGUAUACCCUCGGAAGCGGAUGUGAGUGCGGCUCUCCAGGCAUGCCGCAUAGUGGCCGAUUAUAUUCUGGAUGAUGCAGUAAAACCAAUGAUCGCUCACAUGAUUAACGAGUUUGACUCAACUGCUUCGGAGCUACUUUCGCUGGACAACACAAACAACAUCAACUCCCCUAAACUCACAAAUCCUAGUCCUGAAAGCAUAAUGAGUCAGGUCAAGCAGAUCAUCGACAGGAUAUCUGAUACCGCCUAUGCGGUUAUAGCUCACCCCCCUGUAUUCAUAACGCCAGCAUUACUGGAGAAAUACGUCCAUGUACAAGCACGUCUAGGCAGACCGGAGACACUUCCCCGGGUGUUUCAACUAUACGCUUCGAAGCCAAUGCCCCGUGAGGGCAAGGGGCCUAUCAGCUACGCGAAGCAGAACCCUAACAAGGUAGCAAAUGCUAUUGAGCCUCAUGUGAUCGAGAAGGCCCUGGACACAGCAAUCGAAGCCAGAAACUUAGACGCCGCAGUUGGGAUCAUCGAGAAUGGCUACGCAACAAAAGCUUUCAUCCGAAAUAAGCUCUUACGUAAAGCCUUAUUGCCUGUGGGAACCUUUGCCGCAACACCCUUAGCCGCCUAUGUGCUUGCGAGAAACUUCUCCGACCUCCAAGACACUAUGGACAGCGGUACGGCGACGAAUAUCGCCUUUGUUGGUAUAUUGGCCUAUGUGGGCUUUACGGCGUCACUCGGCGUUGUGGCGUUGACAACCGCAAACGAUCAGAUGAAGCGGGUAACCUGGGCUCCGGGAGUACCUCUGCGAAUGCGGUGGAUAAGAGAAGAGGAAAGGGCUGCUCUGGAUAAGAUCGCCUGCGCGUGGGGAUUCCAAGAGAAAUGGCGCCAAGGCGAGGAGGAGGGAGCGGAGUGGGACGCGCUCAGAGAGUAUAUCGGUCAGAAGGCCAUGGUGUUGGACCGGACGGAACUAAUGGAGGGGAUGGACUACUAGCGAGUGGAUCGGAUGCCGAUCUGUUCGGCUAGUCCUUGCGGAGCCGCUGCGAGCGUUCAUAGAAACUGUUUUAUGGUUUAUCUCAGACCCGGAUAUACACCAUAUAAGGUAACAAGCAGGCGUCAAGAGCAUCAUCUACUCCCUUAGCUACGGCUUAUCAUUUUGCUCACCAUGCAUCAG